GGGAAGAAGAAAGGGAGGGGAGGGGAGAAUCGAGGACGGACGGCCUAGCCAGGCCAAGAAUGCUAUUGCCCCGGUGGUGGGAGCUGGGAGACCCCUGUGCUUGGACGGGACAGGGUCGGGGGACACGCAGGAUGAGCCCCGCGACCACUGGCACAUUCUUGCUGACAGCUUUUUUAUUAAGCUGUGCUGAUGGCAUAAAUGGAACAGUUAACUGGAAGACCAGACAGGCCACCAAUUUUAUUAUCAGCAGAAAAAUGGUUGCUGGGAUGAAAGAUGUGUACACUAUUUUCUGCAAGGUACACUCCGAUCGGAAUGUAUAUCCAUCAGCAGGUGUCCUCUUUGUUCAUGUUUUGGAAAGAGAAUAUUUUAAGGGGGAAUUUCCACCUUACCCCAAACCUGGCGAGAUUAGUAAUGAUCCCAUAACAUUUAAUACAAAUUUAAUGGGUUACCCAGACCGACCUGGAUGGCUUCGAUAUAUCCAAAGGACACCAUAUAGUGAUGGAGUCCUAUAUGGGUCUCCAACAUCUGAAAAUGUGGGAAAACCAACAAUCAUUGAGAUAACUGCCUACAAUAGGCGCACCUUUGAGACUGCAAGGCAUAAUUUGAUAAUUAAUAUAAUGUCUGCAGAAGACUUCCCAUUGCCAUAUCAAGCAGAAUUCUUCAUUAAGAAUAUGAAUGUAGAAGAAAUGUUGGCCAGUGAGGUUCUUGGAGACUUUCUUGGGGCAGUGAAAAAUGUGUGGCAGCCGGAGCGACUGAAUGCCAUAAACAUCACAUCGGCCCUAGACAGGGGUGGCAGGGUGCCACUUCCCAUUAACGACCUGAAGGAGGGCGUUUAUGUCAUGGUUGGUGCAGAUGUCCCGUUUUCUUCUUGUUUACGAGAAGUUGAAAAUCCACAGAAUCAGUUGAGAUGCAGUCAAGAAAUGGAGCCUGUAAUAACAUGUGAUAAAAAAUUUCGUACUCAAUUUUACAUUGACUGGUGCAAAAUUUCAUUGGUUGAUAAAACAAAGCAAGUGUCCACCUAUCAGGAAGUGAUUCGUGGAGAGGGGAUUUUACCUGAUGGUGGAGAAUACAAACCCCCUUCUGAUUCUUUGAAAAGCAGAGACUAUUACACGGAUUUCCUAAUUACACUGGCUGUGCCCUCGGCAGUAGCACUGGUCCUUUUUCUAAUACUCGCUUAUAUCAUGUGCUGCCGACGGGAAGGAGUGGAAAAGAGAAACAUGCAAACACCAGACAUCCAACUAGUUCAUCACAGUGCUAUUCAGAAAUCUACCAAGGAGCUUCGAGACAUGUCCAAGAAUAGAGAGAUAGCAUGGCCCCUGUCAACGCUUCCUGUGUUCCACCCUGUGACUGGAGAAAUCAUACCUCCUUUACACACAGACAACUAUGAUAGCACAAACAUGCCAUUGAUGCAAACGCAGCAGAACUUGCCACAUCAGACUCAGAUUCCCCAACAGCAGACUACAGGUAAAUGGUAUCCCUGAAGAAAGAAAACUGACUGAAGCAAUGAAUUUAUAAUCAGACAAUAUGGCAGUUAUAUCAUAUUUCUUUUCUCUUCCAAUAAUGCAUGAGCUUUUCUGGCAUAUGUUGUGCAUGUUGACAGUAUUAAGUGUGUACCAAGUAAUACAACAUAACUUUCAUUUUACUAAUGUAUUUUUUGUACUUAAAGCAUUUUUGACAAUUUGUAAAACAUUGAUGACUUUAUAUUUGUUACAAUAAAAGUUGAUCUUUAAAAUAAAUAUUAUUAAUGAAGGCUAA